AUGGAGUCUAGAGGUUAUGUAGGCAACUCCAUACAAAAGUUGCUAAAAGUACAGGGGGUUAAAGUUAAGAAGGCUCAAUUGGAAGCAUUUGUGAAAAUAGUGGAUGAAGUUUGUCCAUGGCUGUGUGACGCGGCUGAGAUAAAUCUAGAGGUCUGGGGAAGAGUAGGUAAAGAGCUGCAGAAGGCCUUGACCUCCGAUCCUGAUAGGUUUCCGGAGAGCUUAUUCUCCUAUUGGGCACUGUUAAAUACAGCUUUGAGAACUCCUUCUCAAAGGGAAAUAUCUGAGGCUCUCGAAGAGGUUCAUGAGGAAUUGGAACAAAUUCGAGAGGAAAAGUCUCAGGCCUCGGCGCCUCCUCCGGAGCCUCCAGAUAGUCCUCCUCCCCUGCCUGCUGACCUCGCACCAGCGGCGUCGCGGCACGGGGAGCCACCUGCGUCUAUCUACCCCUGUCUUCCUGUUUGCGAGGAGCGCCUGCCACCUAGCGCCCCGCCAUUGAAUGACGAGGUAGAUACACGCCUCGCUCAGUUGCGACUGACAUGUCAGAGGCGGGAGGAAGAACUCCUACUCGAACCGAAGCCAGCUCAGAUAGCUCAACAAAUGAGAAUGUUAAAGGGACCACAAAGGUCUGAGGAGACUCCUCUCCCUCCGGCCGACCCUGUAGCUGCUAUCUCGGGAAAGGCAGCUGCCGGGGUAUCCCCCAUAAGUCAGCCCGCCCUUGCUGAGCGUGGACCUUAUGUCCCCACGCCAUUGGAGGUGGCAGUAACUGAGGCGAAAAAUAGAGGAGAAGAAAUUUUUGGGUUUCCGGUUAUUCAGACCCAACAAGGUGGAUACGAACACCGCCCAAUAGAAUUUAAGUUGGUAAAGGAAUUAAAAUUGGCUGUUAAUCAGUAUGGUACAAAUGCUCCUUUUACAACUGCGAUCUUAGAGUCACUGGCUACUUCAUGGUUGAUUCCUAAUGAUUGGAAGGCCGUAGCUCGUGCUGUCCUGUCAGACGGCGACUUCCUCUUAUGGGAGUCUUUCUUUGCGGAACAGUGUCGUGAGACUGCUCGCAGAAAUACGAAUGCGGGUGUGGCUAUUGCUACGCUGGAUAUGCUGAUGGGGGAAGGACCAUAUGCCUCAACCCAAGCUCAGAUAACUAUGGGAGGCCCCGUGUUCGAUCAGAUUGGAUGGUGUUUCGUCAGGGCCUGGAAACAGUUGCCUAAUGCUGUCAAUCUUAGUUUUAGCCUGGGAAAUAUCAGGCAGGGACCAGAUGAGCCUUAUGCUGAGUUUGUCCACAGACUCUUAGAUGGAGCAGGAAAGAUAUUCCCUGACGCUGAAACCGGGAUGCCUUUUGUUCUCCAGCUUGCUUAUGAAAAUGCCAAUAAAUGGUGCGGCAACUGCAAGAAAGGACAUUUCUCAGAGAAGUCUGGCGUGUGGAAGGCACGGGAGUCAGAGACCGAAGAAAGGCUCCUUUUCCUGAAUGUCACAUCGGAGUCACGCAUGAGCAGCCUUUCAACCGGCUCUGCUGCGCUGGGCGAAGGCGGCUUCCGCGGGUCCCUCCUGGGGUCGCGAGGUGACAGCGUGGUCCCCCUGGAGUGCUGGUGA